AACCAAUUCCUCUCCCUCUCUCACACACACACUUUCUCAUUCUCUCUUUUUCUUCUACCACUUCUGCUACUUCUAUCAAACGUCUUCAUCGUCAAUUGCUUCUCUCUCAUACCUUCUUUCAUUCAUACACGCUACGAACAAUUGACAGCAAUCACUGCAACGCAAAGCAACCUGCUAAACCUAAAAAAACACCACACUCGUCCUUCCUUUCCAUACAACCAAACUCCCCCCAUUGCUUCUCGCCAAAGCCUUUUGAAAGAACGCAUCUUUUCUUAAAACUCCACCCGCUUUUAUACAGCGUUGCCUUGUUUCUUUCCUUCUCUCCUUCUCUUCAUCGUUCCCUCUUACGCGUGCCGCCCACUCCCCUCUCUCUCACACCUUUCAUUCCCAACAGUCGACUUGGCCAUAUACAGUCAAUUCGUCUUCACUUUAUCUGCACCCAUUAAAUAUAUUCAACUGCCGUCAUGGGAUUCUGUCAUCGUUGCGGCGAACUUGUCCACGGCGCAAACUGUCUAAAGUGCGGUGGCCGUUCAGUAUCAUCCGUCACAAGUGGGCUCCAGUCCAACUCCAGGAACGACCCUUGGAUCAACGCAUAUCAAAACAUCCUUGAUGGAGGCAUCUCAAAGCCUUCGAAGCGUAUGUCCAUGCCCGCUGUUCCUUCCAUGACCAAACCGCAGUCGCAGUCACUCGUCAUUCAGAAGCACUGUAAUGGUUGCUACAAACAGAUCUUCCAGGCCAAGGUGUUUGUGGAGCCAGGGAAGCCGUCUAUCAUCUACUGCGAGAAGUGCUAUAUCGAAAAGUUCACUAAGGGAAGCUGUCCGACCUGCACCAAGCCCGUUUUGUCCAAGACCGACCCCUAUAUCACACACAAUAAGCGGACAUGGCACGCAGUCUGCUUCAAGUGCUUCAAGUGUCACGUCGAUGUAGCCUCAAGGCCCAUGGUUGACUUGCGUGGACGACCCUGCUGCGAGGAAUGUCUUAUGGCACAGGCAGGAGCAGAGAACCAGAGUCCAUCUCUUCAGGAUCAGGAUCUGUCAACCUUCAGAGAUAGCCCCACACCCGGAAACCGCUCAGCCGCCAACUCACCAGCACUUUCUUCAUCACCCCUGCCUGCAAACACAAGAACAUCCAACAGCCCCUACCUUGACGCAUCAUUGGAAAUCCCUUCCCGCCUGCAGCCCAACUUGUCUCCCCUCGAUAUCAACUUGGACAGGAGCCACAUGCAGACAAGCCCACCAUUGUCUGCACAGAGCACCUCUAGCCAGUCAUCAUUGGGGGCAUCAUCGUCUUUCAGAAACGCUGGAUCGAGUGGAUACACAAGCGGUACCUCAUCGACCUAUUCCAGCUUGGGACGUAAGGGCUCUGAUUCACUCACGCCCUCGGCUCUCCCAUCCGGUUCAGCUUCUAACCUGCUCAGGGCAGAACACGGCUCAACCACAAGUAGCCCAGUCCUGUCCUACCGCCGACCCAGCUCCUCCCUGUCCAUUCAUUCGUACAACAGCUCCAGGCCAUCUUCACCUGCGCUCAGUCGACAUGAACAAGACUCCGAUGGAGGGUUCAAGUCGAAUGACGAGACCGAUACGCCCGGCAAGGACCAAGGACUCGCCGAGAACAUGUCCGAGUCAACCCUUCACGGGUUGCAUCGGGCAAGGUCGCAUUCGACGCCCAGUGCAGAUAACCGUGUAGAUCAAUACCCUACCUCGUCCGUGGACGCCAACCUUGUAGCCCCCACAGAAAAGCUCUCCUUGUCGCCAGUAGAACGUCCGCAACCUAAAGCAGAGCCUUCGACUGGGCCACAACGACCGAUUAUAGGUCGUGCGCGCUCUCGGACCUCUGUUGGUCCAGCACCAUCAGCUUCGGUGCGAGCGAGAACACAGGCGUAUAUGAACCAAGCCAAGUCCGGUAGCUCACCUACAAGAAGCAACAGCCAGAUGUUCGGCUCGAGCCAGAACUUGACUGUUAACCGGGCCUCGUCUAUGCUCAACCACCCGUCCAAGCAAGAGACAUCGCCGUCUGCAGCUGCUUCAUCAGAGGCCGAGUCCAAGCGUCCGUCCUUGCAGCGACAUGGCCGCCAACGUUCGAGCACUGUCGGAGAGGCCGUCAGUUUCCCUUCCGUGAACGUGGACUCGCCAGUGAGCCCGAGUCUUUGGCGUGCAUCCAUUCCAGAGAACCAUUGUCUGAAGUGUUUGGAGAAGGUGACGGAGAACGGGGUCCGGUUACAGAAUGGUGAUCGAUACCAUAUCAGUUGCUUUUUGUGCCACGGCUGCAAGCAGGUCUUUACAGAAUCGGAAUUCCAUGUCGUCUUGGGCCGACCCUAUCAUCCAAGCUGCGUCUCUAUGGCUGGCCCAUCGAGCGCGAUGAGUGCGUUGACGAAGUGCCAGCAGUGCCACAAGGUCAUUACCGGCAAGUCAAUCCGGUUUGCUGGUCUGAACUACCACACACAAUGCUUUGCUUGCACACACUGCAACAAGGCGCUCACCAGCACUAGUCGCUUCUUCGAAGUCGAAGGUCGGGUCGAGUGCGAGCAGUGCUGUGACGAGCGCGACAAUGCGUCCCAUCUGCCGCCCAAGAUCGUGCCUGUCCCUCGAGCGGCAGAACACUUCCCGAUGCCAGUGAUCGACAGUUUGUCCCGACGGGCCAGCCUGCCUAUGGAGCCCUCGGGCCCAGGUAUGAUGGCGACCAAUGCCAAUGGAAACCUCUCUCGAUCUGGUUCUGGUUCCGGCUGCGGAUCCCCUGUUGGUUCAGCAUCUCCACUGCGGUCACCAGCUUCGCCCUCGGGAUCUACGAACAAUUUUCUUAACGAUGUGAGGGACCAGACCGCCGGCAGUGGAGCAGCGUCACCGGUGUUGGUGAUGCCGUCUCCGCUGGCAGAGCGAGCGACCCCUCCGGUGUUGACAUCGUUCUUUGGUACGAGGACGCGUCCAUUGCCAAAGUUUGGAGGUGUGACGACGUGUCCACGUUGCCAUCUGGCCGUGAGUGUGAUGGAACAGGUCCCUGGGCCCAAGAAUGAGAAGUGGCAUAAGAAGUGCUUGAACUGCACGGGAUGCAAGAAGGUGUUGGAUUCGAGCGCGCUUACGCGUGGUGAGGGCGAGGCCUUCUGUCGUGCAUGCUUUAACAAGACGCGUGGUCGAGUUUGAAGAGGGCGUAAAAGCUAAACACCAUUUUUGAUCGGCAUCCACCAAAGGCCAAGGCGAACCUUCCUUAUUUAGUCUUCGUUAUUUUUUUUAAAGAAAAAAAGAAUAAAUGAAUGACAAUCGAAAAGGAAAAAGAGCGACACUCUUUCAUAUUCAUACCUAUCGCGUCAUCUUGUACGGUAGAGCAUGUCCGCUGUUGCCUCGACGGUACCCUAUCUUGUGUUUCCAUAUGAGCAUGUAAAAAGGGGGAUGGGAUGGUCUAGUUGAACAACAGGCCAGCAGAGUAAACAAGGGUGAUUGCGCUUUGUGAAGACGCGUGCUCAGGAAUGAAUACAACAAGGUCAGUCGCUUCUUCGCUGAGGGUUUAUUCAUACAUGGGUCUGAGGACGAAAAGCGGGAGCGGGAGCGAAAGGGAUACAUAGUCUAGCAUGUGUGUCAUUGGUAGCGGGUGUAUUUCGACCCAGAAACGCGUAUUCU